AUGGAAGUCAUCCUGGUCAGCCUUGUCGAUGCCCUGCACGGCGCGGAGGUGGUGUUGGAGUCGUCGCUGCCCAACGUAGAGGCGUUCGACACGACUGCGCUUGUGGAGGAGGGGUCCAGCUCGACGUCGCCAUCUUUCCUACUAGUGCUCGAGUUUAGCAUCCCGAGGAGCUCGGUGUCAGGCGAGAACGACGACGAGGAAGAGGAGAAGGCCACCCUGUCGCCCUACAGCAGUCGGUCGGUUGACAAUUCAUUUACUUACUACCUAGUUGGGAGGGUUCUGCACAUGAUGGUCGUGUCCUUCGUGAUGCAAUUCACAGGCCGGACGGGCUUCGUGUCCCUCAAGGCGAUUAUGGAGCAUCUUGGAAGCUCAAGCAUUGUGCGUGGGAGAGGCAAGAACAAGAGGAUUUGGACGUACUUUGAGGAUGAGGAGCUGAUCAAGGCAUUGUUCGAGAUUGCUUUGGAUCCAAGCUGGAAAUCAGAAGGGGGUUUCAAAAAUGGAUACUGCCAAGUUCUAGAGAACGUGCUUGCUAAGAAGUUGCCAAGUUCUGGCCUUACUGUUGUUCCGCACAUAGAGUCGAGAGUAAGACACUUUAGGACCAAGUUUGGCGCAAUUGAAGUGAUGCUAACCAAAAGUGGCUUUUCUUGGGAUGACAAUAGAAAGAUGAUACAAUGUGAGAAACAACAAUACGAUGAUCAUUGCAGGAAAAACAAUGAGGCAAAGGGUCUAUAUGGUGUAGCAUUCCCUCACUAUGAUACACUAGCUGCAAUUUAUGGUAAAGACAUUGCUACUGGAGAAGGUGCAGAGGGUCUUGGUGAGGCUGUUGCUAAUAUGGAGAAAAAAAUUGUUCAAGAUAUUCAAGAUGAAGAAGAUGAGAAGGAUGAAGAGAGAGUGUCUAGAGAAACGCCUCGGCGGACCACACCUCGACGGAGCAUUGAUUCAACUGCUUCAAGCUCUAAGAAGAGGAAGAAAGACAACAACAAACUGAAAAAUACAUUGUCAAGUGACCCUUUUAUGGAUGUCUUUGCCAAUGUUCAAGGUGAUCUGAGGGAUGUUACAAAGCAUGUGGGAGCAAUGGUGGCAUCUAUGCAACGUGAAGCUGAGAUCCAAGAGAAGGCAAUGGCUGAGGAGGACCCACUACAAAAAAUUCAGAACGAAGCUAUUCUUGAGUGUCAAAAGCUUGGAUUGACUGGUACUGAAGUUGUCAAUGCUGCAGCUGCUUUUGUAAAAGUGCCGGCUCAAAUGAGUAUGCUUCUCGCUCUUCCAGAGUCUCUCAGGAGGGAGUACGUACUGAAAAUACUUGCUGAUGAGGCAAAGAAAAAUUGAUGUACUGAUGUGCUGGCUGUCAAGCAUGAUC